AUGGCUUGGCCCAAGGGUGUCAAACGGCCGCAUGGUCGUCAUACUCGAAUGGACGGUUCGGCAGGUGGGCCGAAGACGCCUGCCAAGGCCACCACCCGUGAUGCUCCAGCCACUGCUCCAGCCAAGACCGGCCACCACCGCACCACACCCGGCGGUGCGGCGAAUCAGACACGACCUGCCUCUGAGAAGCGCGUCCCUCGAGAGCUUAGCAACAUCUUGAACCCUUGGUUCCUGGACGGCCCUCGCGACGAGAGUGACGACAACGAGGGCGCAUCAUCCGGCGACGAGGAACAAGAUCUCCCCCAGCUUUCGCCCAAGUUCCAACAGCGCCCUCUGCCCCCGCUCCCGCCUCUGCGCAACAACCACACGCCCCGAGAGCAGCGCGCCGCCCGUCGCGAUUGGCUGAGGACCGUAUCCUUUCACGACCAAGACGACGACGACGACGACGACAGCGACGACAGCUACCCCAGCAGCUACAACGGCAGCACCCGCAGAGGCGCCGACAUGUCGAGCCAGCAGGGAAAAUGGCGCGAGGAGCAGGUGCUCAUCAUCUGCCCCGGCAGCAAGACCACAAUGGCCCAGCUGGGCUGUGGUGAGCUCACCCCUCCCGCCCACCGCAUCCCCACGCGCAUGUUCAAGGACGACGAGACGGGCGAGUACCUGCCCUACCACACCUUCAAGAGAAAGAAGAACGGCGCCGCCAACGGCGCAGAGGGCACGAAGCUCGACGAGGAUGACUACGAGUACGUCGAGGACCGCGACUCGGUCGAGGGCGCCGUCUACCCCAUCGUUGGCGGCCGCAUCGUCAACAUGGCCGCCUUCCUGGCCUUCCUAGACCACGUCCACAGCCUGCUCACCACCACCUACCACAACACCCCCAUUGUGCUCAUGGCGUCGCCGCAGUGGUCCCGACUCGACUGGGAGGCCAUUGCUCGUUACAUCUUCGAGAAGACCAAGACCCCCGCCCUCUGUCUGAUCCACAGCGCCGUCGCCGCACAGUACGGCAUCAAGUGGCCGCACAUGACUGUCGUGGACAUUGGCUUCGAGAAGGUAGACGUCACCUGUCUGUACGACAACAUCGUCGUCGGCCACAAGCAGCUUGGUUUCCCGCGUCCGGACCGCGAGAUUUCUGGUGGAGACGUUUUCACCAAGAAGCUCCUCGCACUACUCAAGGACAAGGGCUUCACCUACGACAUGGCGGAGCAGCUGAAGACGAGCCCUCUCUGCGAGGUCCUGCCCUACGCCGCUGACUUGGACGAGCUCAUGGAGCUUCCUACCGAGACUGGCGCGCCCUACCACCCCCUUGGCGCGGACGCCCCGAAGUUCAACGAGCCGCCCAAGCCAGCUCCCCAGAUUGGCGCCGAAGAUGACAACGGCAUUGUCGACGACAAGACCAGCAACGAGGAGGGUGUCUUGGACGUUGCCAACAUCGUCACCAGCGGCAACACCAGGGAGUUCCUGGCCAAGAAGGAGAAGGAGAAGGCCGAGAGGGCGGCCAAGGCCAAGAAGGGCAAGGGUCAGGAAGCCGAAGCCGCUGCGGCCAAGCCGGUGCGCCUGCCCAACUCCAAGCGAAAGUACGCCACUUUCCAUUAUGAAGAGCUUGUGCACGAGGAUGUUGAGGUUCCCGUGUCCAACGGCAACGCGCCCCCGGCAGCUCCCUCCGAGCCGGCCAAUGGCGACUCGGCACCUUCAGAGGCUGCUGCUGCCAACGGAGAAGAGUCGAAGGCUUCUGCUGUUGGAGACACAGCCACUGAGCUGCCCUUCGCUGCCGAGGUUGCCAGUUCAGUCACCGAGCGUAGAACUAGACGCGUCAAGAAGGACAUCGAGAUCGGCCUAGAGAGAUUCCUCUUUGCUGAUCGCGGUGAGAUUGACCGUAUCACAACGACCAUCUACCAGACAAUCCAGAGCAUUGAACACAUCUACAAGCGCUCCAGCUGCUGGGACAACAUCGUCUUUGUCGGCAACGGCAGCCGCCUGAAGGGACUCAAGGAAAACAUCAUGCAGACGCUUCACGCCCGCCACCUCAUCUCCCCGAGCACCGCCACCAUCUUCACCUCGGAGCUGCCCUCUAACAUGGCAACCCCGACUGGAACUGGGUCCCAGACUCCCACUGGCUCCUUCACCGGCCAGCUUCCGACCUCGAGCUCCGUCAACCCGCUCUUGCAGGCCGCUACCACCGCCUCGCUGGGUAUUCCGGGCUCGACUCAGGCACCUGGAUCGACGGCAGGUGACGGUCCCAGCCACCAGUCUCAUGCCCAGACCCCCACCAGUAUCAAGAUGGCAACUCUGCCAUCCUACCUGGCCGAGUGGACCAAGAAUGGUUUCGAGGAAGCACCCUUCCUCGGGUCUCUCAUUGCAGCUCGUCUCGUAUACUGCAUUCAUAACCUCGACGCGGCGACUCAGGAGGCUCAGCGUGGCUGCAGUCUCAGCCGAGUUGAGUACAAUGAGCUUGGCCCGAAGGCCAUUCGUACCUUCAACCUGAUAGGUUGA